GGCAGCAGGAGGUGCUGCCGAGAGAGCCUAGCUCCGCAGAGCAGCCCGCGGCUGAGCGGAGUCGCCCGGGAGCCGGUCUCUCUACUGUUCGCUCCCUCUCCAGCUCCACUUGGCACCCGGGAAAAAGAGCGCCUGCUUUCCCCGCAGAAGCGCUUCCCCCUGCUGGCGCCCGCCAGGCUCCUCUGGGAAGGAACCACACGCGCUCAGCCAGCCAGCCAGCCAGCCAGGGAUCCUACAGGCGCGACGCGGCGGCUCGCCGCCCCACCGCCGUCUAUGCUGACCAAUGUGCAGUAGGAAUCGAGGCAUCGCUUCCCGCUCGGAAUCGGGACUUGAGACCGGCGCGCGAGAGAAGCGGAGGUAGCCGGCGCCCGCGAUGCAGCUCUUCGGGGGCUUCCUGGUGGCUCUCGCCCUGCGGGUGGUGGGCGCGCAGAGGCAAGAUGUGCUUCUUCAGAACAGCACCACUGAAGUGGCAGUUGUCUCCUUUCAUGACGUUUGGAACCGCAGCUCCUGCCAGCCAUUGGAGAAGCUCGUUGAUGUCGUAUCCGAGUACCCCAGUGAAGUAGAGCAUGUGUUCAGCCCUUCCUGUGUCUUCUUGCAGCGCUGCAGCGGGUGCUGCGGAGACGAGAGGCUCCAGUGCGUCCCGACGGAGGUAGCCAACGUCACCAUGCAGCUCCUGAAGGUGAAUUCAGAAGAACAAGUGCCCUAUGUGGAGCUGUCCUUUGUGGAGCAUAGGAAAUGUGUAUGCAGGCCUCGGCGAGAUGCUGUGAAGUCAGGGAGGAGGAGGAGACCCAAGGGACGCAGCAAGAGGAAGAGGGCAAAGCAGAGACCCAAAGAUUGAUCCUCUAGGUGGGACUUCUGAUGAAGGUGGCUGCUUUGUCAGCAGAUGGCAGCGCCACAGUGCCUGUAUUUAUUACUCUGUCCUCUUCAACACUCCCCUACGCACAAGCCCAUCGCAUAUUUGACUAAUGAAUUCUGGAGGGGCC